AAAGCAAAAAAGGAAGUUAAAAAUGAGGAUUCCCAGAUGUUGAAACGACUUAUCAAAGAGUUAACUACUAAUAGUCCGCAUGUAUCUGAAAUUACCAAAGAAGCGGUGUCUGAGUCAUCUGAAGAUUUACUUUAUUUAUAUAAUAAUAUUACUAAUUCUGAAUUGCGAAAAGAGAUUGUAAGUAGAGAAGUUAUCAGGUCAUAUUUUUUGUUUGGGAAAGCGGUAUCACAACGUUUUGAGUAUUAUUAUGAAAAAUCGCAUAAUUUACAUCAAGCUCAAAUAGACGUUAACGAUGAGCUAAAAGAAAAACUUCCCAAUGCCUCUGAGAAUGCGU